GAGGAGCGAGCCGGGCUCGGGGGGCGGCUGCACAGUCUCCGGGAUCCCCAGGCCUGGAGGGGGGUCUGCGCGCGGCCGGCUGGCUCUGCCCCGCGUCCGGUCCCGAGCGGGCCUCCCUCGGGCCAGCCCGAUGUGACCGGGCCCAGCGGAGCCUGAGCAAGGAGCGGGUCCGUCGCGGAGCCGGAGGGCGGGAGGAACAUGACAUCGCGGAGAUGGUUUCACCCAAAUAUCACUGGUGUGGAGGCCGAAAAUCUACUGUUGACACGAGGAGUUGAUGGCAGCUUUUUGGCAAGACCCAGUAAAAGUAACCCUGGAGACUUCACCCUCUCUGUUAGAAGAAAUGGAGCUGUCACCCACAUCAAGAUUCAGAACACUGGAGACUACUAUGACCUGUACGGAGGGGAGAAGUUUGCCACUCUGGCUGAACUGGUGCAGUAUUACAUGGAGCACCAUGGACAACUGAAGGAGAAAAAUGGAGAUGUUAUUGAGCUCAAGUAUCCGCUGAACUGUGCAGAUCCCACCUCUGAAAGGUGGUUUCAUGGUCACCUCUCUGGGAAAGAAGCAGAGAAGUUAUUAACUGAGAAGGGAAAACAUGGGAGCUUUCUUGUACGAGAGAGCCAGAGCCACCCAGGAGAUUUUGUUCUCUCCGUCCGCACUGGUGAUGACAAAGGGGAGAGCAAUGACGGCAAGUCCAAAGUGACCCAUGUCAUGAUUCGCUGUCAGGAACUGAAAUAUGAUGUAGGUGGAGGAGAACGGUUUGAUUCUUUGACAGAUCUGGUGGAGCAUUACAAGAAGAAUCCUAUGGUGGAAACAUUGGGCACAGUACUACAACUCAAGCAGCCUCUCAACACCACUCGGAUUAAUGCCGCUGAAAUAGAGAGCCGAGUUCGAGAACUAAGCAAAUUAGCUGAGACCACGGACAAAGUCAAACAAGGGUUUUGGGAAGAGUUUGAGACACUACAACAACAGGAAUGCAAACUUCUCUACAGUCGAAAAGAGGGUCAGAGACAAGAAAAUAAAAACAAAAAUAGAUAUAAAAACAUCCUUCCCUUUGAUCAUACCCGGGUUGUCCUCCAUGAUGGCGAUCCCAACGAGCCUGUCUCCGAUUACAUUAAUGCAAACAUCAUCAUGCCCGAAUUUGAAACCAAGUGCAACAAUUCAAAGCCCAAAAAGAGUUACAUUGCCACCCAAGGCUGCCUGCAAAACACAGUGAACGACUUUUGGCGAAUGGUGUUCCAAGAGAACUCCCGAGUGAUUGUUAUGACAACAAAAGAAGUAGAGAGAGGAAAGAGCAAAUGUGUCAAGUACUGGCCUGACGAGUAUGCUCUGAAAGAAUAUGGGGUCAUGCGUGUCAGGAACGUCAAGGAGAGCGCUGCUCACGACUACACGCUCAGAGAACUGAAGCUCUCCAAGGUCGGACAAGCUCUACUCCAGGGGAAUACGGAGAGAACCGUCUGGCAGUACCACUUUCGGACCUGGCCGGACCACGGCGUGCCCAGCGACCCCGGGGGUGUGCUGGACUUCCUGGAAGAAGUCCACCACAAGCAGGAGAGCAUCAUGGACGCUGGCCCCGUGGUGGUUCACUGCAGUGCUGGAAUUGGCCGGACGGGGACGUUCAUUGUGAUUGAUAUCCUUAUCGACAUCAUCAGAGAGAAAGGUGUCGACUGCGACAUUGAUGUCCCCAAAACCAUUCAGAUGGUGCGAUCUCAGAGGUCAGGGAUGGUGCAGACAGAAGCGCAGUACCGGUUUAUCUACAUGGCCGUCCAGCAUUACAUUGAGACACUACAGCGCAGGAUCGAGGAGGAGCAGAAAAGCAAGAGGAAAGGGCACGAAUAUACCAACAUUAAAUAUUCCCUAGCGGACCAGACGAGUGGCGACCAGAGUCCCCUGCUGCCUUGCACCCCAACGCCGCCCUGUGCAGAAAUGAGAGAGGACAAUGCCAGAGUCUAUGAGAACGUGGGCCUGAUGCAGCAGCAGAAGAGCUUCAGAUGAGAAGAGCCGCGGGAACUGCAGCCCAAAACUAGAUGUGGACUUUUACCUUCUCCCUAAAGAUCAAGAACAGAUGCGAGAGAGUCUACGUGAAGAAUGAAUUUGGAUUUGGAAAGCUGGCACUGUAGCUGACUACCUUUGAUAACUGAAAUUUGCAACCAUUUAAAGACCACUGUAUUCUAACUCAGCAGUUCAUUUCCUCAGAUACGAAGAAAUCAUCUCUACAAUGUAGACAGUGUUAUAUUUUAUAGAAGUUUGUUUUAAAUCAAGAAAGCAAUUAAAUUGUGCUCUGUAUUUUAGAGGUUAUGGGGCUUCAAGUUCAAGUUAUGGGCAGUUUUAUUUUUUUAAUAACCUUAACCAAUUUGAUGUUUUUUUUUUUUUUUUUUUUUUUUUUUUUUCCUUCUCUCUUUGUUGGGGACAGUGGGACACUUGGAAAAAGAAAUGACUUGGGAAAAUUAACAGCAUCUUGAGUAGUGGGAACCAUUCCACUCACCGUCGCCUGCUGUCUUAAUCUGUUCUGUGUUGCCUACAGACCACCACGGACUGGGAGAUUCUCAAUGGACAGCUUUGUGUCUCCCAGGUCUGGAGGCUGGGAAAGCCAGGGUGAGGGGCUUCUGCGGGGGGCCUCAGUGCUGCGUCGCAUGCCGAGGGAGAGCCAGAGAGGACUGAGCCUGGUUUUAAAACGAGUCCACCCUCUCAUGGUGGCAGAGUCCUGUGACCUGAUCGCCUCUCCCAGGCCCCACCUCUCAACACCGUUGCAGUGGAGAUUAAGUUUCUAAUGCGUGAACUCUGGGGACACAUUCAGCCAUAACCUUAUCCCUAGUGGAUAACUUGUGUUGGGGGCUUCCUUCUUUUUUGGCUAAAUGGUCUUUAAGCCAGUGUGUGAGACUGUCAGAAGUUGACUUUCUAUGUUCACAUCACCAUUAAAAAAAGUCAUGGGAAAAAAAAAUCAUGGAAAUGUGUGAAUUAGGAUAAGAGGUGUGUUUUCUUAGUGAUGACCAGUUACUGUUCAGCUGUUGACAGAUAUUCAUGAUGGGAAAAUAGUUGCCCUAUUUCCUUUGCUUCUGAGUGAUUGUCUUGUGUUGUAAACAGGCCUCGGUUGCUCACCCACGCCCUGUUCAGUCUGAGCUGGGCUCAGCUGAGCUGUUCUUCGGCUGGUCUUGCGGGGGUCACUUGUGGCUGGCAGGUCCGCUGAGACGCUGGGAUGGCUGGGCUUUCCUCUCUGCUGGAGUCUCCAGGGUCUGUCUUCCAUGCGGCCUCUGUGGGGCAGUGAGGCCUGUCACCUGCCUGCUCAGAGCUCCCGCGAGCUUGAGGCAGAAUUGGCCAUCCUUCCGACUCGGGCCAGAGCUGCCGCAGCCUCCCUUCCAUGGCCCAGCCAAGUAAGAGGGUGUGAGGUGGAGGUGCAGUUCCCUGGGGGCCACAGUCUAACAGACCAUCACAAUCAGUGCCGUGCAACCAGCUGCCAAGGACCUUGGGAAGCUGCUGCUGCUUACAGUAGCUGGUAGAAGCUACAGGUCAGACUGAGAGACAGAGCCUUCAAGAAGCUUCUUUCUGGAUGACUGCCAGCUCUGCGCACAUAUUCCGAGCCAGCACUAGGGACAACUGGUCUUGUAAGGACAGAUAUGUUUGGGGACAGAGCAUUUGAGACAGAAUCCGCCCAUCCUUGCAGGCCGUGGUGUCCGUGAUGCCAUCUGAAUGCCACCGGUGUUGUGUCCGGCCUCCCUCUGCGCAGUCAGGCGGCGGCGGGAGGGAGCCGCCCUGGCCAGGCCUGCUUUGUGUACGCAGCCGUGGGACUUGCUGAUGUGCUACCGUAAGUGCCUUCUCCAGAGACGUCCCUCUUUGCCUCAAGUGUUAGAUCAUCGUUCAGUGCGAGUAUGUUGAUGAACGCAUUGGGGGUUGACUUUUGUAACCAUCACGUGUGACACAGCUUUGCUGGGAAGUCGUGGUUUCUUUACUCAGAUUCUCCUUGCUCUGGCCCCUGAAUGGCAGGACUAUCCCGGUGGUCACUCUUUUCUGAGGACUUUCACUCCCUGAGGUAGUUUGGGGAGGGCUGUGGCUGCCAUUUUCAGAGAUAAAAUGAACAUUGAUGCCCCUCCCCAUAUAUUGAACGUAGGAUGCUUCAGGGGCAGGUGUGGCCCGAGUCACCCUGGUAGGCAACAUAAUGACCACUGUCUUCUCGUCAAGCCUGUGAUGUUUCCAGCUCGGCAUUCGCAGCCAGGAUCUUGCACCCUGUUCUUUUUACUGCGUUGUCCAAUUGACUCAGUUUUGAUUUUGUGGUAGUGUUUUGGCUGUGGACUCUGGGGGCAGUCCUUCACCAGCAUACCAGGGCUUGACCGGACAAACGAUCUGCUGCGUUAACAUCUCUGCUUGUCGCUUCAGGUAGGCUGCUUUUGCACUCAGAAUGGAGAUAAGUGAUCUCGCACACUGAUUUCGUUUAGAUUCCAGCAAACUCUCCUGUUAUUAAGGGAACUGACGCCAGGAGAAGGCUCCUGGAGGGCUGCUGAAGUCUGUCGUGCGUUUGGUAAGAGGUGAUUGCAGGUGCUCAGGGAGGUCGCUGUGCACGUGGUGGAACCAGACAGGGCUGGCAAGAUGGGGUAGCUUGAGGUGUGGGUUAGGAAGCAUGCAAAGGGAAGUUCCAAGGAGGUGGUUCACGAGGAAGUCCCCGGGCCCCGGGCCAGUGCCGUCAGUCAUUGGUGGCCCAGGUUACCUGGAAAGGUGAGACAGGUACAGGUGUGCAGCCACUUCUGUAUUGUUGGUGGGCAUGAAAUAUGCACAAUAAACCAGAGCUGGCUGAGUAUUUUAAGAUUAUAAGCAUAGGAUUUUAUAUUUGGGGUGAAAAAAUUAUCUACCACAUGGUAUUGUUUUUUUUUUUUUUUUUUUAAAGCCAAAUUUCAGAGUCUUAAUAGCUUUUUAGAAAAAUAAAAAUAAAAAGGCCCCUCAUGUUCAGUGUGUGACUCUCCUGGCACCCAAGGUCACCUCUCCCACUGAACUCAGUGGCUCUUCAACCAUGGCAGAACGGGGCGAGAGACUGUAAGUAGGACUUUCUUGGUGUCUGUACCCAGUUGCUUUGCAACAGCCAAGAAAAUCAUGAAGGUUGCUUUCGGGUUUCAUUUUACUGGGGAUUUUAAGAACUAUCGUGACAUCCUGUGUGGAAAGCUGUGCUGUGGAGAAGUGAGCUGGUAGGCGGGUGACCCACAGGAAGCAUGGGCCUGGUGGAGGAUGAGCCCAGCGCGGCUGUGCCCAGCUUGGCGAGAGUGGGGUUUUACAGAAGCACACGCCUCCUCGGUCUGGAGGCGCCGUUCCUGGGAUCUCUAGUAGCCCUUGAGUCUGUCGAAAUCUUUUUCCUUCUUCCUCUUGAAAAAUGAGUCCUAAAACAUGCUUUAUUGUAUCUUCCAUCGCUAAAAAGUCUGUUCCUUCUUUGCUCCGGGCAGUUCACACAAGGCAAAAAUAAUAAACAGUUGGUUUUAGUGUGUCGUAUAACUAUGCUGUGUAUCAGACUAAUUUUUACAAGUUUCCAUCCUAAACCUCAAAUCAUGUAAUUAAUAAUUUGCCUGUUUAUUUAUGACCUAAUUGUGAUUCUUUUAUUAAUAAAAGCUAAUGGAAAAGGAUCCUUUAUUAAGCUGAUGACUAGGCCUACAUUUAAUUUUCCUGCAUUGUAUGAAGAAGUAUUGUACCAGAGUAUUAAAAGAUAUGUAAUAUUUUAUUGAUAAAUCUAUCCUUUAAAAGGAAUACAUUUUAGGAUGUCAUCAUUUUGAUGUAAAUCAUGUAAAUGUUGAUAAUAUGCUGUUUAUUAUACAUUUAGUGUUUCAAGAGAUUCACUUAAUUGCCUUUUUGCCCACGUAUGUUAUGUAGUCUAUUUGCAGUUGUUUUUUAGAAAAUGACAUUAAAAGAGUAGUUUAUGUAGAGAAACAGUAGUGAAUGUUAACUGUCUCCCCACCUAUAUUUAUGGGUGUUAGUUCAACUGCUUUGCUAGUUGCAAAGCUACAUUAUCAGAGUAAAGUGUAUUUGUAAACUGUAUGGAACUAAAAAUUAGGAAUAAAACCAUUUUCUUAUAUGA